UAAAUUCAGCCGGCCAUGGACACACCGAGCUCCGCCCGUCCCCCACGGCGAGGCCACCUUAUCAUGGAGGAAUUCCAAGAAGCUGAAAUCCUGUGGCCCGGCGCCAACGACCAUCAUGACAACAACGACGGCGACGUCGAGAAGACAGGUACUUCGACCUCACCUCCAGUUCGUUCCAAGCCGGCGGACACACCGGAGCUGUCCGCGCCGGUCGAGAUCUCCCGCCGGAAGCGGCGGUGCCGCCCCUGGGCGGCGGAGGAGCACGCCACGUUCGAUCAAGAAACCGGCGGGGGCGACGGCGGCGAAGAAGACGGUGGCACCGACGACGCGAAGCAGAGGAGCGCGAAAGGUAUGGCGGUCGUGCCGCCGCACGUUCUUCUUGCACGGAGGAGGUUGCUGGGUGGCGGGACGGCGGCGUACUCCAUGUGCGCCGGGAAAGGAAGGACGCUCAAAGGGCGGGACCUCCGCGAUGUCAGGAACCUCGUGCUCAAGAUGACCGGGUUCAUCGAGAAAUGAUCACGAGCCGCCUGGGAUUGCUUGCGAUGACGAUGCGCAUGCGUCUUUGUCAAAUGAGAAGCUUGUGAAACCAGAAGUUUGCGCAGCAGCAAGGCCGGCCGCAGCUGAAAUAAGAAGGAUAGGUUGAAGAUGAACUGCUCAUCAUUUGGUUGGUUGGUUGAUUCAUUGUAAUAAUUUGCUAGCUCAUGUAAUAAUGUACAUAGCUAGUUUAGAAACAGUGGUGAAACUUGAAAAGAAUUAAAAUAUACAAGCUGCUACUGAACUGAUGCAUCGAUGUUAUUGUUGGCCUGUGGCUGUGCUAGCAUUUGUGCUGAGCAGAAAAUGGAAGUUAUUCAAUCA